GGGGUAUAAAAGCCACGCCACCCCGAGAACACCACCCCCAGCCAACCCCCCAGCACACCCAGCCUGCUGCCGCCACCCGGAUCCGUUCGUCUCUACCCGCACGGUUCCUCCCGCCAAGCACCGGAUCCGCUAGAACACACCAAUCUACCCAUAUCUCUUCGUGAUACAUCCUCAUCCUCAUCCUCAUCCAUCCAAGCCCCAUCUGCCAUGAACAUCGAUUUCGACUUUGAAACCCAGUUGGAUGUGGCCAGCCCGCUCCUGUUCGAGGUGGCCUGGGAAGUGGCCAACAAAGUCGGUGGCAUCUACACCGUCAUCAAGUCCAAGGCCCCCGUCACAGUCAGCGAGUAUGGCGACCGCUACUGCCUGAUCGGCCCUUACUCGCAAAAGACCGCCCCCAUGGAAGUUGAGGAGCUCGAGCCUGCAUCCGAGCCCAUGAUCUCGACCCUGAGAGCGCUGCGCGAAAAGGGUGUCCCGUUUGUCUACGGCCGCUGGCUCGUCGAGGGCUCGCCCAAUGUCCUGCUCUUCGAUGUCGUCAAGUCGCACUACCGAGCCAACGAAUGGAAAACCGAUCUCUGGAACGUUGCUGGCAUCCCCUCGCCCUCGGAUGAUAUGGAGACGAACGACUCGAUCGUCUUUGGCUACCUCGUUGCCUGGUUCCUCGGCGAGUUUGCCUACCAGAACUUUUCUGUCAUGAAGGGCCGCCGCCCAGCCAUCAUUGCUCAUUUCCACGAGUGGCUGGCCGGCGUUGCCCUUGUGCUGAUCCGCCGCCGCUCCCUCAACAUUGCAACCAUCUUCACCACACACGCCACCCUGCUCGGCCGAUAUCUUUGCGCCGGAGACACCGACUUUUACAACAAUCUGCGCUACUUUGACGUCGACGCCGAGGCCGGCAAGCGCGGCAUCUACCAUCGCUACUGCAUCGAGCGUGCCGCUGCCCACUGCGCCGAUGUCUUCACCACCGUCAGCCACAUCACCGCUUACGAGGCUGAGUGGCUGCUGAAGCGAAAGCCAGACGGAGUCUUGCCCAACGGCCUCAACGUUGUCAAGUUCUCGGCGAUGCACGAGUUCCAGAACUUGCACGCCCAGUCCAAGGCCAAGAUCCACGAGUUUGUCCGCGGCCACUUUUACGGCCACUAUGACUUUGAUCUCGACAAUACCCUCUACUUUUUCACGGCCGGCCGUUACGAGUAUCGCAACAAGGGUGUCGACAUGUACAUCGAGAGCUUGGCCCGCUUGAACUCCCAGCUGAAGCACUACAAUUCGCCCGUCACCGUCGUGGCCUUUGUCAUCAUGCCUGCUCGCAACCACAGCUACACUGUCGAUGCCCUGAAGGGCCAAGCUGUCAUCAAGCAGCUCAACGAUACCGUUUCGGAGAUCACUGCGCGCAUCGGCAAGAAGAUCUUUGACAGUGCUGCCAGAGGCAAGGCUCCCGAUCCGGCCCAGUUGAUGGACAACGAGGAUAUCGUUGCUCUCAAGCGACGUAUCUUUGCCCUCAGGCGCGACACCCUGCCGCCCAUCGUGACCCACAAUAUGGUUGACGAUGGCAAGGACCCGAUCUUGAACCAGAUCCGCCAGGUCCAGCUCUUCAACUCAUCGUCCGACCGCGUCAAGAUCAUCUUCCACCCAGAGUUCCUGAACGCCAACAACCCCAUUCUCGGCAUGGACUAUGAGGAGUUUGUCCGUGGCACCCAUCUUGGCGUUUUCCCCAGUUACUACGAGCCUUGGGGCUACACUCCGGCCGAAUGCACCGUCAUGGGCGUGCCGUCGAUCACCACAAACCUCUCUGGCUUUGGCUGCUUCAUGCAGGAAAUCAUCCAGCAGCCCUCGGACUAUGGAAUCUACAUCUGCGACCGCAGAAUGAAGAGUGUCGAAGAAUCCUGCCAGCAGCUGAGCGACUUUAUGCUCGAGUUCUGCCAGAAGGGCCGGCGCCAGCGCAUCAGCCUGCGCAACCGCACCGAGCGCCUGAGCGACGUGCUGGACUGGAAGCGUCUGGGCCACGAUUACAUCCGUGCCCGAUGGCUGUCUGUCCGCCGCAAGUGGCCAAAGGCUGUGGCCUACACCGAGGCCAACUACGACGAGGAGUUUGAGAAGGGCUCGAACCUCAACUACAGCUACCACGAGGAAGUGAAUGGCCAAGCCUACUCCAACGACGGCGAUCUGUCGAACCUGCCGCAGACCCAGAAGGUUCCUCGGCCAAAGUCUGCUCCUGGCUCGCCGCGCUACCGCGACGACGACGACGACCUCGUGGAGCAAGACUGGGACCAGAACAACCAGAACUCGAUCACCGAGCUGGAUGAGGACAUUGUCUCGCGCCUGAAACUGUGGGGAGUCGACGGUGCCACGGCCGGAUAUGUUCCCGAGACAAACCGAUCGGAGGACUAGAGCGCCACCAAUCUCUUCUUUGUUUUUUGCAUCUUGUCCUAUUGGAUGCCACAGUAUCCCCAUGGUAAUUCACUAAGCAAUCCCCUUCGCUGUUAGCCGCGGUUAACUUGGUCGGUCAGGCUGUUUGAUUUGAUUUGUGCGCUAUUUCGAUGCUCCUGUUUGCCUUCGCCGUCUUUUAUGGGAGGGGGGGCACUCGAUUGAGGCCGACCUUUGCAGGCCCUCUCACCUCUCCAAUACACUCUACUGCAUGUUCACGGAAACCGUCCUGACCUGGGGCAGAAUAUAUCGUCCCCCAGCCAACCAGCCCAAGGAGAGGCAGAAAGUGCAAGGAGAGGCAGAUACCGCAAGAGCGAGAUCGAAUCAAGAUCAACUUACAGCGUUUCCAGAAUGAAAUGGGACACCCCCCCCCCCGUUUUUAACCAGAACAUAUAUAUUCUUCUGGAACCUGAAUAGACUCAUCGCAUUCAUGGC